AAGUUAGCAUACGAUUACCGCAUGAUUCGGUUACGGAAUCCACCGAGACACUUUUUGCAGUGAGUCAGAAUGAGCCAAAAACCUUUCCCUCUUCGUCUUCACUUUUUCCCUCCACACUUCAUUUCACUCUUCUAAUUCAUUCAUUCUUCUUUCAAAACCUAAUUUCCUACACAUUCUUCAAUUCAACAACGAACCUCAAGAAUAGGCUGGAGAUGUUCUGAGCUUUCUCAUGGAAACGAAAGAACAACGUGUGGUUGCACCUAAAAAGCCAACCCUUACACCUAAGGCUAUAAUACAUCAAAAGUUUGGCAAAAAUGCUUACUACGUGGUUGAGGAAGUGAAACAGGUCUGUCAAACUGGAUGUCCAGGGUUAAGCAUUCCUCAGACUGGACCCUGUCUUUACCGCUGCACAUUGCAGCUUCCAGAACUUACAGUUGUGUCGGAGACCUUUAAGAAAAAGAAGGAUGCAGAGCAAUCUGCAGCAGAGAUGGCUAUAGAGAAGCUUGGUAUCAUUCCAGAGACCACCGAUCUUACUCCUCAGGAAGCACAGGAAAGUUUAGUUGCUCGAAUCGCCUAUCUGUUUUCAGAAAAGUUUCUUAUAUCUGACCAUCCACUCAGCGGUCACAUUCGAGCUACUUUGAGGAGGAAAGGCGAUCAUUGUGGAUCAAUUCCUAUUUCUGUCAUUUCUGUCUGUGAUCCAAAGAUUUUUAGUUUGUGUAAGUGUAUUAAUCCUGAGGUGGAGUCAAAUCCAUUUUUGGUCCUUCCAUAUGUAGUAAGGGCCACUACAAUGUUACAUGAGUUUCUUGCUAUCUCUGAACAACAUAGCUGGAUUAGAAAGCUGAAUCCAUAUCCACAAGAUAUUAUUGAGUCAUUAAUGGAAGAAGGUGGUUCACAAGAAUGCAUUCGGGUUGAGGCUAUACGCAUUCCUAGUUCAAUGGAAAAACAUGUUGAAGCUGUGACUCUCUGUAUGUCUUUAAGAGAGUACUACCUUGAUAUCAUUGCAAAUGAACUUGGUUUAGAAGAUGAUGCCAAUGUUCUGAUUUCAAGGAAUAUAGGUAAGGCUUCUUCCGAGACGAGACUGUUCUUUGCUGCUCCACAGUCAUAUCUACUGGAUCAGUCUUUUAUAUCGGGAAAUGGAAAAGAAACCGUUCAUUUUGAGGGAUCUCUAAAUGUAAGGGCAAGAUACUUGUCUGGGCAAGAUAUAGUUGGUGAUGCAAUAUUAGCAUGCAUCGGAUACACACGGAAAUCUAGAGAUCUUUUCUAUGAGGAUGUAACGGUUCGGUUAUAUUUCAGGAUGCUUCUAGGGAAAACUCCAGGGGGAAUUUACAAAUUAUCCAGAGAGGCACUACUCACAGCUGAGUUGCCUUCAAGAUUUACGACAAGAGUUAACUGGAGGGGUUCCCUUCCCAGGGAUAUACUUUGUAUGUUUUGUCGCCAGCAUCGCCUGUCUGAACCUCUCUUUUCCAUUAUAAGUCAUCCUCUCAAAAUACCAACUGAAUCAUCAGAAUCAUGUUUUAAGGCUGCAGACUCGGGAAAUGAUAUGAUUGAAUGUGCCAAUGGGGCCUCUGUAAAUGGAAGUCCAAAUCUAUCAGAUUCAGAGAUGUUUAAAUGUGAAAUGAAGUUGCUUUCUAAGUGCGGGGAUGUAAUACUUUUGUGUUCCCCCAAGGAUUGCUAUAAGAAGCAGAAUGAUGCUAUUCAGAAUGCCUCAUUGAAACUUCUAUCAUGGCUGAACAAGUAUUUUAAUAGUGUAACUACUCCUUUUGACCAGCUUUAUGAGACUGCAGGCAACUUCAGUAUCCACAUUUCUUCCAAAAAUCUUUUCAGAGAGAUUUUAGCUGGUCAAUCCAUUCAGAAUUGCCAGAUUUAUGCAAUGCAGUGUAAUAAAUCACUUGAGCCAAUGUGUGAAAAUUCAUCACUAGACAUGUUAGUAAAUGGGGUUUACAACUUAAAGAUUGAAGGUCCAGACUCUGGUAUCUGUCCAGCCAAUGGAUCUUUACCUUGUAUUAGUUAUUCAGUAUCUUUGGUUGUGGAGAAUGAAAAUAUGAAAGAAGUUAUUGAAGUUUGUAAUGAGUUUGAGUUUGAGAUCGGGGUUGGUGCUGUGAUUUCCUACGUUGAGGAGGUUGUGAUGCAGAUGUCUGUUGGCCAGGACGCUUAUUUCAACACGAACUUGCUCACUUCUGAUUUGAUUUUUGCUUCCGCUGGUGAUUCAGCCAAAAUUUUGUCCUUGUUAUCUUCUAAGGCCUGCUGUGUGGAGUAUGAAAUAAGUUUGACCAAAGUUGCAGAACCUCCAGAGGAAAGAAUGGAGCAGGCUCUUUUUAGCCCUCCACUUUCAAAGCAACGAGUGGAAUUUGCGGUGCAACACAUUUUAGAAUCCCGUGCUACUAAUUUGCUUGAUUUUGGAUGUGGAUCUGGAAGCUUGUUGGAAUCAUUGCUAAAUUACUCAACUUCUCUGGAGAAAAUUGCUGGUGUUGAUAUUUCUCAGAAGGGUCUUACACGUGCUGCAAAGGUGCUAAAUUUAAAAUUAGAUGCCGGUGUGACAAGUAAACACACAAAGUCACUUAUUCUUUAUGAAGGUUCAAUUACAAAUUUUGAUUCCAGGUUGCAUGGGUUUGAUAUUGGUACUUGUUUAGAGGUGAUUGAACAUAUGGAAGAAGAUCAAGCUCGUCUCUUUGGGGAUGUGGCAUUAAGUGUUUUUUGCCCGAAGAUUCUCAUUGUUUCUACACCAAAUUUUGAAUACAAUGUAGUGCUACAGAAGUCAAGUCCUCCUACCCAAGACCAAGAAGAAUCAGAUGAUCAAAACCUCUUACAGUCAUGCAAGUUUCGCAAUAAUGACCACAAAUUUGAGUGGACCAGAGAACAGUUCAUACAGUGGGCAUCUGAGUUGGCUGCACGACACAAUUACAGUGUGGAGUUCAGUGGGGUUGGUGGUUCUGCUGAUGUCGAACCAGGUUUUGCUUCACAGAUUGCUGUGUUUAAAAGGGAAUGGAGUCAUGAAGAUAAUGUCAAGAAGGAUACUGAUAUAGACAACCAUUAUAAUGUAAUAUGGGAGUGGAAUAGCAACAAAUAACUUUCUUUUUUUUUCCUUUAGGAAGCUUAUGGGACAUGUACAGUUCUGACUUCUGAUUGCUGGGCUUGCAAGAAUACAAGCAAAAUAGAAUGGAUGCUAGGAGUUAAGGGAAGUAAGUAUUGAUAGGUUUAGUUUAAGUAAAGGCAUGGAUUUGAUUAGAUCAUGUUUUGUGACUUUUGAUCUGUGACCAUUCAUAGAGUCUGAAAUUGAUUGCUAGGACAAAUGUAAUGAGAUAUUUUAAGGUGCUGGAUGCUAAAAAUGUUAGGGUCUUCCUUUGGGGUCCCAUGAAGUUUAGUUUAUAGUUGAUGACCCUAAAA